GACGGUAUGUUGGGCUUCGUCUGUCCGCUGUACUUCUCUCUAGUUUAUCUCUGUCAACUAACAGAUGGAGCUUGUGAAUUUCCCUCCGAUCUUCGAGGAGAGUGGUACACAACAAGCAAUGGCCUUGUGACGUUUACCAAUCAGAGCAUCAGCAAUUUCAAAAGCUUGAUUCACACCUCCACUCAUACCUUCGACUGUGAAUACAUCGAUAAUGGCCGAUACAUCACGAGAGCCCGGAUCCCAGUCCUCAGUACCAGUCUGUAUGAUGUGUAUUUCUGUAUGUCAUUUACAAAAGUUACGGAAACCAAAUAUCUAGUCAACUAUAACUCAGAUAUCUUAGACUUUGUUCAGGAACGAGUGGUGGGUAAGACUGUCGUGGCAUCUAGUUCUACACUCCUCCCCGCAGCGGAGGCCUGUAAUCUGACAUCAGCCAUACCCAUAGGGACCCAGGAGGUGUACGUUAAAAAAGGUAACGAGACCUCGGAUUUCAUAACCUGUCCUGAUAGUAUUGCUAGCACCCUUGACAUGACCUUGAACUCUGACUGCACCGGAAACAUCGUUUAUGGAAUGACAAACCCAACCUACCUCAUACAUACUUACAAUAGUUCGUGUGCUUCAACUAGUUUGACAUUUACAACCAGCGGUAACGUAAGUUGCAUUUACUCUGUGCUAUCUGGAUUCACGACUUAUCUGACAGUGUAUAACAUGGACUCCUCUACGGACGAAACUAACACGUACAGAUUUUUAUGUUAUGUAAUCACCAGCAGCGGUGAUCAGGUAUACCUGACAUAUCAUCCAAAGAUCUGUCAAUACAACCAGACAUCUACUUAUGUGGCGUCACCAGGUGUUAUGGCUUACCUGGUAGAUCAAUAUAAAGAGGCAACUCUGUCCGACGACGAAGUCCCGAUUGCUUUAAUAGUCGGAACAACAGUGCCUAUCCUGCUUCUCCUUGGCAUAAUCCUUUUCAUCGUAUACUGGAAAAUCAAAUUCCGAAAUAAGAUAAACCACGAGUUAGAAAUGAAUGCUAGGAGAAAUUGGAGAAAACUAGCACAACAUUUUAACAUUACGACCAAACACACCCUAGGAUCAAUGGAGGAGUACGCCAAUCAUUCAAAACGCCACAAGAAGAAAAAGAAAAAGAAGAGAAAAACCAAGGAGAACAGCGAAAUUGUCUCCAUAAGUUCGCAGACUGACUCCAGAAGGCGUUCGGUCUGGUGGGAUGAUUUCAGCAAUACCAUCGAGGAACACCAUGAACCACAACCCUGGCAGAAUCAAUGGGAAACAUUUAAUGAUCCACUGAGCAAGCAGAUGAUGAAUGACGACGGAAGAAAAUCUCCAUCUACAGCCAGAAGUGACGCGACAGUCCGAAAAAUAUGGAUGAAUCCAGAGAAUACAGAAAAAGUGGAAGUGGAUUCGGUGUGGGAAAAAGUUGCAAGUAAUUUUGACCAGCUUCGGAAAGCUGCUAAACCAAGUGAAACUCUUCGACCUAGAUAACUUUACAAAGAAUGCAUUUAUGGACAGUUUAUGGCCUCUUUUUACUAGUGUUGCUAAAACGUGGAAAACAUGGAACGGAAGAAGGACGAAACAGAAA